AUGAUGGCUUACAAAUGUUUUUUGCCCGUUUUGUUAAUCGUGCCGUAUGUUAUACAUUGCACAUCGGCCGCUGUUCACAGUCACAAUAUUGAAACAGCGGAGCGCGAAUCGGAUGGGAGUUAUCGCGCUAGAGAUUUCGAUCACUACAGCGACGCCGGUCACAAUUUGGAGUUCGACCAUGAAGCGAUCUUAGGUAGCGUGAAGGAGGCCGAGGAAUAUGACAAACUUAGCCCGGAGGAGUCUAAGCGCCGGCUGGGACUCUUGCUGCCAAAGAUGGAUCUCAAUGGGGACCAGUUCAUCGACCGUAAGGAGCUUAAGAAAUGGAUCUUGAACUCCUUUAUAAAGUUGUCUCGCGAGGAAUCUGAAGAGCGCAUGUCCGAGGCGGAUGAGAAUCGCGAUGGCUCAGUUUCAUGGGCCGAGUACCUGCAGGACACGUUUGGUGUCGACCAGGAGGCAGACGUCGGUCCAGAAGACACCGGCGAUACGGGAUUGUUACUUCACAUUGAGAAGGUGAUGUGGUCGCUGGCUGACAAAAAUGGUGACAGCGAUCUCAAUGUCGAGGAGUUCGAGGUGUUUUCGAAUCCCGAGGAGCACGAGAUAAUGCAGCCGUUCCUCGUGAACCAGACGAUACAUGAGCGCGACCGCAACGGAGACGGCGUUGUGGACUUCAGCGAGUACAUCGGAGACAGGGGAUCUCAGCAUGACAAAGAGUGGCUGCUCUCGGAGAAGGACAAGUUUGAGCACGAACUGGACCUCAACCAGGACGGCGUGCUCGACGCAGACGAGGUGCGGCGCUGGAUUAUACCUGACAAUGAUGAAAUAGCCGAGGAGGAAGUUGACCAUUUGUUCGCGUCGGCGGAUGACGACCACGACGACCUGCUGUCGUUCCACGAGAUCCUCACCCACCACCACGUGUUCGUGGGCAGCGAGGCCACCGACUACGGGAACGACUUGCUCGGCGAACGCUUCGACGACGAACUUUAA